AUGACUACCUAAUGGAAUCCCUAUUUUAUACCAAAAGAAAAUUAUCAAUAGUUGAAUGUAAAGCAUAUAAUCAAAUUAGAAUAUUUCCUUUGUAAGAUUUGAUGAGAAUUCCAAAUAGCCUCAAAAUCCAAAAUCUAUACUAUUCAAUAAUAAAAUUUAGAUUUAAGUAUUUAUUGAUUAUCAUACUAGGCAAAUCCAAAACCUGAAGAUGUUAAAUAUAAAAGAAAUAAAAAGUAAUCUAGUUGUAUUCCUUUUUAAAUAAAUAUUCCCUAACAAACUUCUAAUUCAACCUUAACAAAAGUUGCUUAACCAAGUUUAAAAAUAACCUUACAUAAGCCAAAACUGAAUGAAGAUAUUAAUUUAAAAGAUUCAGCUGUAUGGGAAAGAAAAGAUUACUAAAAUCCUCAAGUAAAUUUUGAAUCAUUUCUCAAUUAAUAAAAUCUCUCCAGAAAUAAUUCCAUUGAUAGCAAUAAUAAAACUUAAUUCAAAAAAAACCAUAGGCAAUAUAGUCAUGUCGUUUAAGGUAAUUCAGGGACAUAUUUUAUGAUUUCGAAUAUCCCUUAAAAUAAAAAUACUCUUAACAAUACUUCUAAUUCUUACUAUUCUAAUUAUGAAAAGUAUAUAAUGAAUAUAAAAUAUAUCUAGCUGCAAUUCUUAAAGAGAAGAAAAAAAAAUAGAAAAAUUAAAUGUUCCUAAAUUUAUAAUUUAAGAUAAUUCCUCUAAUUAAUUAAGUGAAAGAACUAUCAAAAAAUAAAGUCCAAAUAAUAAUUUAUUGAAACAUAAGAAAAAUACUAGAUGCAUUUCAAUGGGAGAAUAAAAACAUUUAGGACUCACUCUAGAAUGUGAUGAAUCUAGUAUAACUAUAUUAAGUGAUAAUGCCAAUUCAACCAAAUCAAAAAACAUUUAAAUGAAUUAAACUUUUCUUUAAAAUUAAAAUGAUUAAGAUUCAUAAAUUGGUGGAUUUUCUUCUGAAACUUUAUAAACACUUAUGUUAUAAGAAAUAGAACACUUUCCAAAUCCUGAUUAUAUGGUUUCUAUUCAAACAUAAAUAAAUCCAAAAGUCAGGGCCAUAUUAAUGGAUUGGAUGAUAGAUGUUUGUUCUGUUUAUCAUAUGAAAAGAGAUACUUAUUAUUUAGCUGUGGCAUAUGUUGAUAGUUAUUUAUCUAAAAAGUCCAUACCAAAAAUAGAUGUAUAAUUAUUGGGUACAGCCUCAAUGCUUAUUGCAUCGAAAAUGGAAGUAAAUUCAUUUGUUAUAUUUGAGGAAGUAGAGGCAAAACAUGUAAGUGAAUUUGAAAAAGCAGCCAAUCAUGGUUAUAGUAUCGAUUAAAUUUAUCAAAUGGAGAUUGAUGUUUGCACUGUACUAUAAUGGCAUUUGAAUCUACCUACAAUUAAUCUUUGGAUUGAAUUUUAUACUAAUUAAUGGGAUAAUUUUAACAAAGAUAUUUAAAAGAAAUUUAGAGCCAAUAACACAGCUUCUUAUAAAUGUAAUUGAUUAUAGUUAUUUUGAUAGUAAUAUUAAAAUUGCAGGCAUAUAUUGAUUGUUGUUAUUUGGAUAUCUAAACAUUGAAUUAUAAACCAAGAACUUUAGUAGCAUCAUUUAUGUAUUUAAUCUUGGCUAUCGAAUAUUAACAAUUCACUAAAGAAUAAAUAUAUUAUGAAAUUCCUAAGAAUAGUAAAUUUAUACUUGUUGAUUGUAAUCCUUUAUUUAAUUAAUAGCUUAGAAAUCAUUCAAUAAGUUAUUUACUGAAUUUGUUUAAUUUAGCUUUGGUUUCAAUCUAGUUGAUCUAAUAGAUGUAAUCAAAUAUGCAUCAAAAUUUAUUAUGCUUGAUUUUAAAUUUAGUGAUACUAUUUAAGAUAAAAUCAUUUAAGUAAUCAUAUUUAUAACUUAUAUAGAGACAUGAAGACUUACUUAUAUACUAAAAAUAUAAUUAAUCAGGACUUUUGUACAUUGAAAACAAACUUCAAAAAUGA